CUUGCAUCCAUUUAGUAGCCCAUCUUUUACACAAACAUACCAAAAUGCGUGAGAUCGUUCACCUUCAAACCGGCCAAUGCGGUAACCAAAUUGGUGCCGCUUUCUGGCAGACCAUCUCGGGCGAGCACGGCCUCGAUAGCAAUGGCGUGUACAAUGGAACCUCGGAGCUCCAGCUCGAGCGGAUGAACGUCUACUUCAACGAGGCGUCCGGCAACAAGUAUGUCCCUCGUGCCGUCCUGGUCGACCUGGAGCCCGGCACCAUGGACGCGGUCCGUGCUGGUCCCUUUGGCCAGCUCUUCCGUCCCGACAACUUUGUCUUCGGCCAGUCCGGUGCCGGAAACAACUGGGCCAAGGGCCACUACACAGAAGGUGCUGAACUUGUUGACCAAGUUCUUGACGUCGUCCGUCGCGAGGCGGAGGGCUGCGACUGCCUCCAAGGCUUCCAGAUCACGCACUCGCUCGGUGGUGGUACUGGUGCUGGUAUGGGUACUCUCCUGAUCUCCAAGAUCCGCGAGGAGUUCCCCGACCGCAUGAUGGCGACUUUCUCGGUCGUGCCGUCGCCCAAGGUCUCGGAUACCGUCGUUGAGCCCUACAACGCCACCCUAUCCGUUCACCAGCUCGUUGAGAAUUCCGAUGAGACAUUCUGCAUUGACAAUGAGGCUCUCUACGACAUCUGCAUGCGCACCCUGAAGCUGUCGAACCCCUCAUAUGGCGACCUCAACUACCUGGUUUCGGCCGUCAUGUCGGGCGUAACCGUCUCGCUGCGCUUCCCUGGCCAACUCAACUCGGACCUCCGCAAGCUGGCCGUCAACAUGGUUCCAUUCCCGCGUCUGCAUUUCUUCAUGGUUGGCUUCGCCCCGCUGACCAGCCGUGGCGCGUAUACAUUCCGUGCCGUCUCGGUGCCCGAGUUGACGCAGCAGAUGUUCGACCCCAAGAACAUGAUGGCUGCCUCUGACUUCCGCAACGGCCGCUACCUGACCUGCUCUGCGAUCUUCCGCGGCAAGGUCUCGAUGAAGGAGGUUGAGGAUCAGAUGCGCAAUGUGCAGAACAAGAACUCGUCCUACUUCGUCGAGUGGAUCCCCAACAACGUGCAGACGGCUCUGUGCUCGAUCCCACCCCGGGGCCUGAAGAUGUCGUCUACCUUUGUUGGCAACUCGACGGCCAUCCAGGAGCUGUUCAAGCGUAUCGGCGAGCAGUUCACUGCCAUGUUCCGUCGCAAGGCUUUCUUGCACUGGUACACUGGUGAGGGUAUGGACGAGAUGGAGUUCACUGAGGCCGAAUCCAACAUGAACGAUCUGGUCUCCGAGUACCAGCAAUACCAGGACGCUGGUGUUGAUGAGGAGGACGAGGAAUAUGAGGAGGAGGCGCCCGUUGAGGGCGAGGAGUAGGCUUCUUGAGUCCUGCUGCAAGCUCAUUGCCUUCAUAACUUGUAUGGGAUCAGGCUUGCUUGUCCACCGGCUGUGCGGAUAGUACCUGAUAGCAGCCAAAGCAUGGCUAUUCGCCUUGUACGCAGCCGUGUCCCAUAUCCGGACGUUUCUUUCGAGUUUAGCGGGAAGUUGUCAUCUAUGUUGUCCGUAAUUAUGAAGCAGGGAAGGAACUGGUCAAGAGGCUAGACGUACGCUUGACACGGUCUGGCUUUUGGCCGAACCCCCCUUUUUAUUCAUAGCACGUCAGAAAUACACACACCUGGCUUAGUGGUGUCUAAUAAUUGCUAACACUGCCCUUGCAUGUCUCUCUCCCCGGGAGUGUCUAGUGAA